AUGCUAGGGGAGAAGGUGGAGCGAAUUGUGGUUGUGGUGGAUGAUCUCAAAGAUCCGGCGCUACCGUUUGAAGGGGAGAAUACUGUGAAGGAUAUUCGUGAUAGGGUAGCUCCUCUGGCGUUGAAGAGGGGUAUGUCUAUCCUUGUUGUUAACCUUCCUGUUUCACCCGAGAACUUUGAGAUGGCGGGGAGCAGGGACAGACAUGUGAAGGGGGACGUGGGAGAUGCGAUGGUAGAAGAGGAAAGCGAGAAAGGGGAGAUCAAAUUUGAGACGAUGGAGGGGUGGUUGAAGACUGGCCAGUGGGUUGGGGUGUUUUCGCAGCAAGAGGUCAAGGUCCUCGACUACUAUUCCAAGCCUUCUUUUCAUCAGUAA